UUUUGGUUGCUUCUAAAUUUUUGUUGUCAAAUUUAAAGGCUUCGCUAGCCACUACGGCCUACGUAACAGGGCAAAUGUCAAACCAGACAUUAAAAAAAAACAAAAACCAAAAUUGGAUAGAAACCAUGACAAGAAAGGAAGACAAAGACGACAAUCAAGAUGAAGGAAAGGAGCAUAGUGAGGGAGAAGAGAACGAAGAAGAAACCAAAGAAAUUGCUACUGCAAGAAAUCCAACUCUUUUCAAUGACACUUUCACCGAAAACUCGUAGAAAGUAUGGGGAGAUAAACUACACGAAGAGGCCAAAUCAUUAAGCAAUACAGGAGGGGAUAGGACCAACGCACAUUACAUGCCGAAAUUAGCGGAUAGACUUCUAAAAGACAUUCGGUGGCUGCCACUAUGGUCCUGCAUCCUCAGAGACCAAUACGGUUAUGGCCGUGUGCCUGCAAGUAGUGCGCCAUCAGAAAGUGAUUUCAAUUAUGUGAAAACUCAUUUCCUUAAAAAACCUAAGCCUAUCAGAGCAGAUGAGUUUCUCGAAUUACAAAUUGCCAAUAUAAACGGUCGAAUGCAUAUCGCUGAUGCGAAAACAGUUGAUGUUUCAAGCGAGUAUCAUUCAGUUGUCGAUACCUCCAUUGGAAAUAUUAUCGAACAAGAGGAAGAUGAAUCGAACGAUGCGAUUUCUCCUUCAGUGGACAUCAUUGACAGUUCGAUCAAAGAUACUUCAAACAAAUCGGAGGAUAAGGAAACAGAAUAUAACAUAAUAGAGAUGAAAUCAAAAACGAUCGUUUGUGAACUGUGUGAAGUAGUUACGAAAGCCAAAUCAGACGGGAACGUCGAAAGCAGAGAUUUGUGUGAAGUAUGCAUAAAAAUCGAUGUCGAUCGAAUUUUUGCAUCACGAGAAGAAGAAGAUUGGCGAGGUAAAACAUCACAAGAUACAAGCAGCACAGAAACCAGAAAAAUAUUUUUAAAAAACGAAUUAAACAAAACCAGAUAAAAAGAUGUUCAAAGUAUUUGGCACUAAACCAAUAUGUAAUUGAUACAGCGAAUUGUGAAAAAUCAAAACAGAUUCCAUUAUUGAAAAAUGGUGGAUAUACAACGUUAAAAGUAUGUGCCGGCUCCUUCAAAUCGAGAGUAUACAAUCAUCAACCAUUAUUUGUACUAUACUAUAUUCAUUAAUAUAUCUGUUUUAAGGGUAUCAAAAUUGGACUUCUCAAUGUUACUCUAAUAAAAACGUGCGCGUUCGACAGCAUACUUCAAAUUCUGCUAGUUAUCUUAUUCGAUGAACCAGCUGCAGCAGAAACUUUUAAACUAUUAAAUGUUCCUAUUAUAAAACUGGCACUUUAUAUUUGGGCUAAUGGAUUAACAAGCCAUGCUUAUAGACAAAGGGCAACAAUUAUGUUUGAUUGGUACAAAAAUACUGGACGGAUGAAAUUUAAUGAAUUGGAAAAAAUAAAUAAUAAUCAGUUGAAGAGUCUAUGCGUGAACUGUAAAUCAAGUGUAGCUGGUUUAACAAACUCAUUAUUUUAUGAUAUACCAAGUCUGUACGAAACAUCAUGUUGUGAAGCGGGCUGCACAAAUAAGAACAUAAAAAUGGUCACAAUAGCAGUGAAGCCGCAGAUAUUAAAUGACCCAGAAUUUGAGAAGGUUUUAAUAAAGCACGUGGCUCUUGCACACGAACAGUUUUGUUCGAAGGAGGGAGGAUGUAAUAAAAAAGUAGUCACAGCUUUUUCACAAAUAGGAAACUUUUUGGCAUUUGAGCUUUAUGAGGAUCCGCUCAAAAUAUGUUCGCACUUGAUAAAAUACCGAAAAAAAUAAGCGAUCCUCUUGGUGGAAAGGAUUUAAUACUCAAAGGAGUGAUUAAUUAUAUCCCAGCUCGCCGUGUUCUUCGCAAAGCAGAAAUUAAUUAUAAUGAAUCCGGUCACUAUACAGCCUUUUGCUUGAGAUCAAGUGGAACAUGGAUGGAAUUUGACGAUAUUGGACCUGAACAAAAAGUGGUUCCUGAAAAACAAAAAGUUGACAUUCACGUCAUUAUAUACUUUCGAGUUUAAAAUUGUCCAAUAAAUUUAAUCUACUCAAAUAAUAUAGAAAUUACAAUUCCCCACAUGCGAGUGCGUUUGACCUACGGAAUGAAGGGGUUGAUGCAGAAAUAUCGAGCCGUUAAUUCAAGACGAAUUUAAGACCAAUUGCAACGUCCUACCUUUCUCGUACGCCGAGAUACAAGGAAAUAGGUAAAGAGGGGGUGAGUUCUGACCUAGGGGAUGAAGCGGUAAAAUUGGUCGUUGCAGAAAUGUCGAGCCGUUA